AUCUCCAAGAAGGUCUCUAGAAAGGGCAAAACCCAGCACCUCUUGAUGAAGCGUUCUGAAAGCUACAGAAGAAAACGUGAGAUUAUCAACCAAGUAGAGAAUAAGAAGAGUCUUCCAGAUCGGUUAGGUCCAAACUUAUGGAAAAUGACGCUUCGAGCUGGCAAUGAGGUUCGAGUUUCUGACCUCAAGAAGAUAAUGAAAAAGACUCUUGAAGAGGACAAAUCUGAUGAAGAUAAGGAGAAUACAAAGCAACCUCCAAGAACUAGCAAUACACAGACUUACACUCAAGACGUUGGAAAAUCAGUUAAAUUCAGUGAUGAUGGAUCCCUUACGAAGAAAUAAGUCGACUCUGUUCCUAGACAACUCUUGGGUGGGAACAGCCACCAAAAUUUGUAUCAACGACAGAGUCCAAAAGAAGAGGAAAAAGUUGUAUAAAAAUACCUUUAGCGAAAGCAUGGCUACUCACUAUUCUACAGAGCCAGGUAUGAGCAAGUCAGGGGUAUACCCCACUGAGGUUAUCUGGGGUAAGAAGAAAGAUGACAUUAUCAUCAGGAAUAUCCCCCCACAACCCGGAAAGACAGAAAAAGACUCUGAUAUCUCCUGUGAUUACGUAUCUCUUCCCAAGAGUUUCAUGCUGAAGUACCAUGAAGUCAACAGGAAAAGGAACAAAAGUACUCCUGGAGCGAUCAUUCGACCUGAAAGUGCAGGAGAGUCGAAACAGCCUCAAUCUUUGUGAAAGUACGACAAUAAAGGAAAGAUAGAACUUGAUGAAAUAUCAAAUAUUUAUAUUACAGGGAACUCUAAAUUUGAAAGCGAAUGAGCUUAUGUAAACAACCUCGCUGGGAAAAAGUACCUUAUCAGGAAUCAUUUCAAGACGGAAUAUGGAGAAGGAGAGCCUCCAGAAGAUGAAGAGGUAAUAGCUUUUCACAAAGAAUAG